AUGGCACCGCCACCCGAGAUUGGCAUUCCUUCGACGAGUGUAGGCAGAAUCGGCUCAUCCAAGCCAUUCACACUGUACAACAUCACACUCCGCCUGCCUCUCCGGUCAUAUGUGGUACAGAAGCGAUACUCGGACUUCUCACGACUCCACGCAACGUUGACGGAACAGGUGGGCGCGCCUCCUCCGGAGCCCCUGCCUGGAAAGCACUGGCUCAAGUCGACCGUGACGUCUCCGCAGCUGGCAGAGCAGCGAAGGGUCGGACUGGAGCGGUACCUGCGCGUGAUUGCCGAGUCGCCAGACCGCCGGUGGCGUGACACAGCCGGGUGGCGGGGAUUUCUUAACCUGCCCAACAGCUCGGGCAGCUCCGCCGUGUCGGCGGGCGGGACCGUAGGCAACGCCGCGGCGGGGGCAGCUGACCCGCAUACCUGGCUCGACGUGCAGAGAGAGCUGAAGGGCUGCCUCCAGGAUGCGAGGCAGAGCCUGUCGCGACGGGACGGCGCCCUGGACAGCGCGGACAGCUCGGCGGCCAUCGAGGCCGGUGCCUCGGCCAAGAGGGCCCUGGUCAAGAGCGGCACGCUGAUCAUCACACUCACGGACGGGCUGGCCAAGAUGCAGAAGACCAAGAGGGUGGGCGAGGGGGAGCUGCGCAGGCGGAGAGACCUCGUCGCCGCGGCGAGGAUGGAGCGUGACGGGCUGGAGAAGCUGGCCAGCAGCACGCCAUCCAGCAGCUCCGCCGCUGCGGCGGACGAGGCCGAGCUUCUACGAGGAGCGGGCGCAUCUUCGUCGAGAGCCGGCAGCGGCGGCAGGGUGCUGGGCGCUCCGCUGCCGGAGACGAACAAGACCAGGGAACUGGAUAAUCAGGGUGUGCUGCAACUGCAGAGGCAAGAGCUCGAACAGCAGGACAUGGACGUCAGCCAGCUUGCCGCCGUGAUUCGACGGCAGAGGGAGCUGGGCAUCCAGAUCGGCGAGGAGGCCGAGCGCCAGAAGGAGAUGCUGGACAUGCUCGGCGACGACACCGAUCGCGUCCAGGGUAAGGUCAGGGUGGGCAACGCGAGGCUCAAGAAGUUCUGA